AUGACGCAGCUGCAGCAGCGACAGCAGCAGGAGCAGCAGCAUCAACAGAAGCAUGUGCAGCAGCAGCAGCAGCAGCAGGAACAGCAACAGCAGCAGAAGCAGCGGCAGAAGCAACACGUGGGAGCUGAAGUCUGCACUCCGCGUCCCUUCUCCCUGCUGCUUAUCGCGCUGUUGUUGCUGCUGCUGCUGCAGGAUCAGCAGCAGCAGCAGCAACAACAGCACGACCAGCAGCACACCGUGAGAAGCUGCUGCAGCAGCUUUGCUGCUGCUGCAGUCCUGAAGCCCGUACAGCGUAUCUGCGGCCCCCGAUGUGUUGCAUCUCUGCAGCAGCCUGCAGCAGCAGCAGCAGCAGCAACAGCAGCAGCAGCAGCAGCAACGCCUUCCUUCUUGCUGGCGAAUGGUUUGUCUCUACUGCCGCUGUUAUCUCUAAAAGCAGCAAACAACAAAUGCAAGCAAAACAAAAUAAACAAAACAAAACAAGAAAAACAAAUUAGUGAUGAUAUUCAAAUUAAACCCCCAAAACAGCAGCGCUGCACUGCAGCAGCAGCAGCAGCAGCAGCAGCAGCAGCAGCAGAAGCAGCAGCAACAGCAGCAGCAGACCCCCCGUGCACCAACAGCCGCAGCAGCAUCACCAACAAGAGUAGCAAAAACAAGCGAAAACGCAGAAGCAGCAGCAACAACAGCAACGAAUCGAGCAGCAACAGCAGCAGCAGCAGCACGAGCGCAAGCAGCAGCGAUGAAGUCUGUAUCGAAGGCCCUCCCUUCCAGACAGCUGGCAGCAGCAAGAACAGCAGCAGCAGCAGCAACAGCAACAGCAACAGCACUACCAACAGCAACCGCAGCAGCAACACCAGCAGUAGCAGUAUCAGCAGCAGCUGCAGUAUCAGCAGCAGCAGCAGCAGCCGGAGCAGCAGUAGCCGCAGCAGCCGCAGCAGCAGCAGCAGCCUUUUUAGCUGCAGCAGCAUAACAGAGUUAGCAGCAAUGCCUCUGAGGGCCCUGCAAGGGAUUUCAAAGACACGCGAGGCUGCGCUGCAGCAGCAAACUGGCUGCAGCAGCUGUUUAGAUUUGCUGCUGCACUUCCUACCCUUCAAAUACCUCACCAUCAACACCGUCAGCAGCACCAAAGACCUUGAACAAGCAGCAGCAGCAGCAGCAACAGCAGCAGCAACAGCAGCAGAAACUGCAGCAGCAAACGCAGCAGGCAGGGACCGCAUGCACCCGACCAAGCAGCAGCAACAGCAGCAGCAGCAACAGCAGCAAGCAUGGAUACAUUCUCUAAAGGCCGAGAAGUUGUCCUCUGCUGCUGCUGCGGCUGCUGCUGGUGCUGCUGAUGAUGAUGAUGAUGGGCUGCAGCAGCAGCAGCAGCAGCAGCAAACCGAGACGCCAAUCCACCUGCAAGGAGGGCCUGUCUCUUUCCUAGGCUGUUUAGAGCGGAUAUCUCAUUGCCGGAUGCGGGGGUCCUCUCGUUUGAUGAUCUCCACCGCCAAAGUGCGGGGGCUGCAGGACGCCCACCCCACAGCAGCAGCAACUAACAGCAGCAGCAGCAGCAGCAGCAGCAGCAGCAGCAGCAGCAAGGAUGCGGGGGUGCUGCGUGUGGAGUGGAUUGGAAAAUUUCAUCAACUGCUGCACCUCAGGGCCGGCCAAGUUGUCACCGUUACAGGAAAGGCUGUGAAGAAGACCCGCAGCAGAACGCCGUCAAUGAUGAACCCGAGAAUUGAAGUGCUGGCAGACAACGAAGCAGCAUUCAGAUCUGCUGCUGCUGCUGCUGCUGCUGCUUCUGCUACUCCUGCUGCUGCUGGGGGUACUGGCAGCAGCAACUGCAGCAGUAGCAGCAGCGAAUGCAGCAACAACAUGAGCACCAUCGCAUGCAGCAGCAGCACCACCGCCAACUGCAGCAGCAGCACCACCGCCAACUGCAGCAGCAGCACCAGCAGCAGUAACGGCAGCAUCAACAGCAGCAACAAGACCAACUGCAGCAGCAGCACCAGUAGCAGUAGUAACGGCAGCAGCAGCACCAGCAGUAGCAGCAACGGCAGCAGCAGCAGUAGCAGCAGCAGCAGCGACGGCAGCAGCAACGUUUCAUCUAUAGAAGGAUGCGGCCUUCGGGAGCCCCCGCUGCUGUCGCACCACCCAAUCUACGGGGGGAGAGAUUUCGCUGCUCCAGCAGCAGCAGCAGCAGCAGCAGCAGCAGCAGCACCUGCUGCUGCCGGAGCAGCUAGGGCAAGCAUGCGGAGUUUAAGAGGUUAUGGUGGCUUGACAGGUUUAUGUGCAGCUGCUGCAGGAAACGGCAGCAGCACAUUACAGCGCAAACAGCAACAGCAGCAACAACAGCAGCUGCAGCUGCUGCUGCAGCAUCGGCUGCUUCAGCAGCUGCAGCAGCAGCAGCAGGAGCAGCAGCAGCAGAGGAAGCAGCAUCUGUUUCCAGUCUAUUUGCCGGUCUCUUCUGUCCCCACGAAGCUGCUGAAGAAUGCAGUGCAGCAGCUACUUGCUGCUGUCUCUGCAGCACCAGAUUUGCUGCCGUCUUCAUUUAAAGAGAAGAGACAGCUGCUAUCAUUUGCUGAGGCUUUAAGGAGACUGCACUGUCCCCGCGAUGCAGCAGAACUUCCAGAGGCCCGCCGCCGUCUUGCUUUCGAUUUGCUGCUGUGGGUUCACUUAGCAGCAGAAUUACGUUUGCUGCAGGGCAAAGGGGGGAACGGCCUCAUACCCUUCAUCUUUGCUGCAUGUACACCUGAAGCCUGUGGGGCUGUGCUGAGCUGUCGAUACACCGCAGCAGCAGCACCGCAGCUGUCUGUAGCAGCUGCGCGUACACUGCACGGAGUAAUCUGUGACGUGUCUCUUCUUGCUACUUUUGCUGCUUCUACUGCUGCUGCUUCUACUGCUGCUACUGCUUCUGCUGCUGCUGCUGCUGCUGCUGCUGCUGCUGCUGCAGGAGAUGUUGGAAGCGGGAAGACAGUGGUGGCUGCGGGUGCGAUGGCGAUGUCGGCGUUUGCGGGGGCGCAGGCGGCGCUGUUGGUCCCAACCACAGCCCUAGCAAGACAGCAUCAGAAAGUCAUUGGAGAGCUGCUGUCUCCUUUGGGGUUUGAUGUGGCGCUCUUAACAGGGCAUCUCCCUGAAAAAGAAGAAAUCACCCAAGCCAUCAACAGGGGCGAGCAGCUGCUCGUCGUGGGGACGCAUGCGCUGCUGCAAAGUCGGGUCAGCUUCCCACGUUUGGGGUUGGUGGUGAUCGAUGAGCAGCACAAAUUUGGAGUGAGGCAGCGCAGCAAACUGCUGCGGGACUGCAUGCAAAAACACUCCGAAGCAGCAGCAGCAACGGCAGCAGCAGCAACAACAAAAACAACAGAAGCAACAGCAGCAACAGCAGCACCGCUGCCCCAGCACCAGCACCAGCACCAGCAGCAGCAGCAGCAGCAGCAGCAGCAGCAGCAGCAGCAAGGGGGGAGUAGAGAGUUGAAGGGACUGUGUGAUGUGCUGCUGCUGACAGCAACUCCAAUCCCAAGGACGCAGCUAAUGUCUCAGUGCGGUUUGCUGCAGUUUUCAAAGCUGCAGUGCCGCACAGCAGCAGCAGCACCACCACCAGCUGCUGCUGCGUCUGCAGCAACAGCAGCAGAUGCAGAGGCACCAACAACAAAACGAGGCCGAGGUGCAUGCAAAGACACAACAAAGGUGCAGCACAGAACAGCAACAGCAGAAAAAGCUGCUGCAGCACCCACAGCAGCAACAGCAGCAGCAGCACCGCCUCCGCCACCAACAUCAGCAACAGCAACAGCAGCAACAGCAGCAGCAGCAGCAGCAGAGAAGGAGCUAAAGGAAGCAGCCCCACGAGUGCAGACGCAUGUGAUAGACAGGGGAGACGAAGCUGCUCUUGCUGAGGUGUACAGGCAGCUGCGCAGGUGUGUCGCUGAGGGGCAGCAAGCCUAUUGGAUCUGUCCUUAUGUGCAAGACAAGCUGCAUGCAAUCUCUGCAGCAGCAAACAGCAGCAGCAGCAGCAGCAGCAGAGAAGCCGGCUUACACGGACGUCUGGCGGCCAGUGAACAGCAGCAAGUGCUGCAUGCGUUUGGGGCUGGCUUAAUAUCUGUCUUAGUCUCCACAACUGUUGUUGAAGUGGGGAUCGACGUUCCCAAAGCCAAGUUAAUGAUAAUUGAUUCUGCAGAGAG